GCCGCAGCUUGCAGCUCUGAUAGGCAGCUGCCUGCCGGCGAGAUUCCGACAAUCCCACCGCAGGAUGCGGUGCGUCUCCCAGCACCGCCCGAUCCCCCUCGGCUUCCGCAAUCUGACUUUGCCUGCAGCAGCGAUGACAUCUGGCCCAUCAUCCCCUGCAUCCAAGCUCCCUGCGCAGUACUUCCCAGCGGGGGGCCAGCGGAUGGGUGGCCCGGGGGACCUACUCCCCCGACUCCACCGGGUGGCACCCCAAACCGUGUGCCCCGCGCGGCUCCUCUGCGCCCUGCGGCGUUGCCAGCGCCGCUUGACUCCCCCUCUUCUGCCCCCGCCGCCCUGGCAGGCGGCAUCUGAUUUUUCCCUAGCUCCUCCAUGACAGCCGACAGCACCUUGCUCUGCUCCUAGAGCCUCUUGGACAGCUCCGUCAUGCGCGUGUCGAUCGUGGUUCCGCCGCUAUCGCUCGCUGGGGUAUCGCCAGGCAUUAUGUAUGCAAAGGGGCUCCUUCGAAGGAAACUCUAGAGUAGUCGUCAACCCUAAGUGGUAUGUCCUUGUUGUCUUUGUAGAGACUGUAGAGCUUGAUGUUUAGAUGCUUAUUAUCUCUCACACCCGGUUGGGGGCAAAGACCAGGGAGUGCCACGCAGCAGGACAGCUGCCGUGGGGGGCUCCGCACGAUCAUUGUACUACCCGACAUAUACCUGUGUGCAGGGCACCUGAAACGGUCAUCUCGUCUACAGAUCCGACCACAUACGCCAUCACACGAACAAAAGAAGUCUGGCGGCGCGUGCGACCGGGAAAGGAGGCAUGGUUGAUGCAGCAGGGAGAGUUAAAGGCGCUUGAUCCGUCUUCGAGGGGUGUGUUGUGCCAUCGCGGCAUGAUGCUUGGGCAGAGACGGGAGUUCUGAGCGCCCACCCACCGGGCUGCCAGCGAGCCAGUCUAAAUUACGUAGUGUACAUGUUGCCUUUCGUUGUGCCGUAUGCCUUUGUAGAUGGGGAAGGAUUGGGUGUGUGUGCUCGUACAUGCACUUGGCCUGCAUCCUGAACAGUGGGCGGACAAAAGGGAGGCCGUCGAAUGCAUUUGAUUGGAUAGGGUGUUUCGUUUUCAAGCGCUUCGGCGGCGCUCUCAUGGUGAAUGCCCGGCCGGGGGCACCCGAAACUGCUCCAGGCAUGAUGUCUCACGUCCGUCUCGGUCAGUGUUUCUAACUUUCCGUUCUUUCCUCUUUGUGAUGUUUAUUCAAUGCAUGCAUUAUAGCAGCGUUCAGUAAAUAGUUCAGGAGGGGGUAAACACCAGGGCUUUUUUCUUCUUUUUAUUUCUUUUCAUGCCCCACCUUCCUCUUGCGGUGCGUGCUGAAUUUAAUUUUUUUCGUGAGAAGGGUCCAGCCGUCCCUUUCCCUCGUCAACGGUGCUAACGUCGAAGUUUGGUACUCACGAGAGCUUCGUAGCUAUAUUUCGCUUUCACCCGCAAAUUUCGUAAAUUUUUCACCCCAUGGGG